UCCAAGUUUCCUGCUACUCUCUGUUUCUCGUUUAAUGAUCGGUCUUGUCUUUGAAAGUUGAACCCUUGGUUUAUUUUGCAAGUCCUUUUCUAAGGAUGCAGAGAUGGAGCAGAAGAAGAACCCACUUCCCUCUCCUUGCUUUAUUCUUCUCUGUCUUCAUAUUAGCUUCAAUUCUCUACAACGAGCGAAACAUUGGGCAAAUUCAUGAAAGCAAAGAUCAGCAAGUGCCCAUCACACACAAAAAUUUCCUUACCUCUGUUCCUCCCAAAGUUUCUACCAACAAUGAGCCAAAACUAGCUGCCGCUAGUUUGGAUAGAUUCACGACAUGCGCUUCUACUCAACAGUACCAUGGUCGGAGAACAGAGACGGUUUACCAUAAGCUGGAGUUCAGUCAACGGGGAGGAAAGCAGCAGAGUUGCGAUUUGUUUUCGGGCAAAUGGGUCUUCGACAACACUUCUUAUCCGCUCUACGACGAGUCGGAUUGCCCGUACAUGUCCGAUCAGUUGGCAUGUCGCAAGCACGGAAGGACCGAUUUGGGGUACCAGAACUGGAGAUGGCAACCCCAUAACUGCAACUUAAAGAGGUGGAAUGCGACUGAGAUGUGGGAGAAAUUGAGAGGCAAGCGGUUGAUGUUUGUUGGGGAUUCACUGAACAGAGGACAGUGGAUAUCCAUGGUUUGUUUGUUACAGUCAGUAAUCCCGGUUGACAAGAGAUCCAUGUCUCCAAAUGCUCCUCUCACCAUUUUCAGGGCAGAGGAAUACAAUGCUACAGUCGAGUUCUACUGGGCGCCGCUUCUUGUUGAAUCAAACUCCGAUGACCCAGUGAAUCAUAGACUGAAUGAUCGUAUAAUUCGACCCGAUUCAGUUCUCAAGCAUGCAUCACAGUGGGAGAAAGCUGAUAUUUUGAUAUUUAAUACAUACUUGUGGUGGAGACAAGGCCCAGUUAAGCUUUUAUGGAGUAAUGAAAAAAGUGGGAUAUGUGAGGAGCUAGAUGGCAUAGGAGCCGUGGAGUUGGCAAUGGAGGCUUGGGCUGAUUGGGUGGCAUCCAAAGUGAAUCCCCUGAAGAAGAAGGUCUUCUUUGUGACAAUGUCUCCUACCCAUCUCUGGAGUCGAGAGUGGGAACCAAAUACCGAGGGGAACUGCUAUCAGGAGAAGAACCCCAUUGACAUGGAGGGUUACUGGGGAAGUGGGUCUGAUUUGCCCACUAUGAGGGUGGUGGAUAAGGUAGUGGACAGACUGAGAUCAAAGGUUUCUAUUCUUAACAUCACUCAACUCUCCGAGUAUCGGAAAGAUGGUCAUCCAUCCAUCUACCGCAAAUUCUGGGAGUCACUGAGUCCCCAGCAGUUGUCAAACCCUGCCAGUUACUCUGACUGUAUUCAUUGGUGCUUGCCAGGAGUGCCUGAUGUAUGGAAUGAACUGCUCUUCAAUUCUUUGUAGAGAGAGAGAGAGAGAGAGAGAGAGAGAGAGCUGUGAAUGGAAUUUUAGCAAAGAAAGAAAUUUCAACUUGAGUUCUUUGCAUUCAAUCGGAUCAGGUUCGGGUUGAUGUGAGCAGAUUGUGGCCUUGUUCUAUAUAAUGGCUGGGAAGCCAACUAUACUACUAUACUAGGGUUGGGACAGUUCGUAUUUUUGUGAAGAAUGGAGUGGGAUGCUCGAAAU